GAGUAAUGGCAGCCUCCAUGAAAAUAUAAAAUUAAGAAGUUGAUUUAUUUAUGACCUGUAAUUCAUAGAUAGUACAGGAUGGGCGUUGUUUGUGUGUUACAGUACCCCGUCCCUGAAAACAAGAGUGGCCAGCAGUCAGUUGAUCUGCUGCAGAGACUGAUUGAAGACUUGGGCGCAACUAGAACAGGAACAUUCUGUGUGGAUUGUGAGACAUACCAGUCCACGCAAACAAAUCCCCAACGUCUAGUCCAUGUCCUCCACAACACUGAACAGCCUGCGUCAUGUUUUGCUGUCCUCGACACAGGGACUGGUCUCGUAGCAGACAUUCUAUAUGACCACCUGAUGCUCAAACUAAAGGGCUUCUACACAGCAAGGAAAAAUAACCGAGUAGAGUGCAAAGGACAGCGGUAUGUGUAUGGGGACUUCAUCAUCAAAGUUGGUUCCGUUAAUAUUGGACAGAACAUGAGCUUCAAAGGAAUUUUAGUUGAGCUCGAGUAUGGACCAUGCGUCGUCCCUGUAGACUGUUGGAAUCUCAUGAAGGAGCUUCUACAAGGGUUCAUGGGAAACCAUGCGGAAAAUCUCAGCAUUUACCUGAAGGGCAAGAUGGAGCAGGUCUAUGCGCCAUUGGAUACCAUGCAGCAGUACCUCGAACAUUUCAAUAACUUUAGGAAGGUGUCCUCAGGAACUGUUUCCAGAUGAGACAUUCGAGUAAAAUUCAAUGAGAAAAUGUGCUAUUUGUUAUUGACCUUGAUGUUGUGGCUAUAUGCCAUAUCACUGCCAGGCCAUGUGAAGUUGACUCCAGUGCAGUGGAGCUUGGGCUUUUCAAUAACAGGCUUCAUUCAGAUGUGGUCGGAAGUACUGAAAUUUAUCUGAAGAUUCACCAUGUCAGACAGUGUGAGCAAUAGAAGUACCUGAACAUGGUGUUCUCAUUGUAGGAUAUAUGUGUGAA